AUGCCGUCUAAUGCCCGGGCUGGCAGUUUGAAGGACCCUGAAGUGGCUGAGCUGUUCUUCAAGGAUGACCCUGAAAAGCUCUUUGUUGACCUGCGGGAGAUUGGUCAUGGCAGUUUUGGAGCUGUCUACUUUGCCAGAGACAUACGCAACAAUGAAGUGGUGGCUAUUAAGAAGAUGUCCUACAGUGGGAAGCAGUCUAAUGAGAAAUGGCAGGACAUUAUCAAGGAGGUGAAAUUUUUGCAAAAGCUACGACAUCCAAACACAAUUGAAUACAAGGGCUGCUACUUACGGGAACAUACAGCAUGGCUGGUGAUGGAAUACUGCCUAGGCUCAGCCUCAGAUUUGCUGGAAGUGCACAAGAAGCCACUGCAGGAAGUAGAGAUUGCAGCCAUAACACAUGGCGCUCUGCAGGGACUUGCCUACCUGCAUUCACACAAUAUGAUCCACAGGGAUGUGAAAGCUGGGAAUAUCCUUCUGACUGAACCAGGACAAGUGAAGCUGGGGGACUUUGGCUCAGCUUCUAUAAUUGCUCCUGCUAACUCCUUUGUUGGCACCCCAUAUUGGAUGGCUCCUGAGGUGAUUCUAGCCAUGGAUGAGGGGCAGUAUGAUGGCAAGGUGGAUGUCUGGUCACUUGGCAUCACUUGCAUUGAACUUGCGGAGCGCAAACCACCCCUCUUUAACAUGAAUGCUAUGAGUGCCUUAUACCACAUCGCCCAGAAUGAUUCACCACUGCUGCAAUCUAGUCACUGGUCUGAAUAUUUCCGAAAUUUUGUGGAUUCAUGCCUACAGAAGAUCCCCCAGGACCGUCCAACCUCUGAUGUGCUGCUUAAGCAUCGCUUUCUCUUGAGGGAGCGACCCCAGACGGUUAUCAUGGACCUGAUUCAGAGGACCAAGGAUGCAGUGAGGGAGCUUGACAAUCUGCAGUACCGCAAGAUGAAGAAAAUCCUCUUCCAGGAGGCUCAGAAUGGUCCAAAUGCAGAGGCACCAGAAGAGGAAGAGGAAGUAGAGCAGUUUCUUCACCGGACAGGAACCAUCAAUAGCAUGGAGAGCAGCCACUCGGUACCCAGUAUGUCCAUUAGUGCCAGCAGUCAGAGCAGCAGCGUUAACAGCCUGGCUGACGCCUCAGAUGAUGAUGACGGGGCUGAGAUUGCCAUGAUGCAGGAAGGCGAGCACACCGUCACCUCCAAUAGCUCCGUCAUCCACCGUCUGCCGGGCCAUGACAAUCUGUAUGAUGAUCCCUACCAGCCGGAAAUGGAGCCCCAGAGCUCAUCGUCAGCCGCCCGACGUCGUGCCUACUGCCGUAACCGAGAUCACUUUGCCACCAUUCGUACAGCUUCUCUGGUGACUCGCCAAAUCCAGGAGCAUGAGCAAGACUCAGCACUGCGGGAUCAGAUGAGUGGCUACAAACGGAUGCGGCGUCAACAUCAGAAACAGUUGCUGGCUUUGGAGAACAAACUGCGGGCUGAACUGGAUGAGCACCAGCUGCGUCUCGACAAAGAGCUUGAGGCCCAUCGCAACAACUUUUCAGCUGAGGCUGAAAAACUGGCCAAGAAGCAUCAGGCUAUUUUUGAGAAAGAGGCAAAAGCUGCCCUGGCUGAAGAGAAAAAAUUUCAGCAACAUAUCUUGGGUCAACAGAAGAAGGAGUUGGGCAACUUACUUGAAUCACAGAAGCGCCAAUAUAAAUUACGGAAGGAGCAGCUGAAAGAGGAGCUGCAGGAGAAUCAGAGCACACCCAAGCGGGAAAAGCAGGAAUGGUUGCUGAGACAAAAAGAGAAUAUGCAACACUAUCAGGCUGAAGAAGAGGCCAACCUUUUGCGGCGCCAGCGGCAAUACUUUGAGCUACAAUGCCGCCAAUACAAACGCAAGAUGCUGCUGGCACGCCAUAACUUGGACCAAGAUUUGCUGCGGGAGGAACUGAACAAGAAACAAACACAGAAGGACCUGGAGUGUGCCAUGUUGCUGCGCCAGCAUGAGUCCACCCAGGAGUUGGAAUUUCGUCACCUUCAUACUGUCCAGCGUACCCGCACAGAGCUUACCCGUCUGCAACACCAAACUGAGCUGUCAAACCAGCUGGAAUACAAUAAACGUCGUGAACAGGAACUGCGCCAGAAGCAUGCCAUGGAGGUCCGGCAACAGCCUAAAAGCCUCAAAUCCAAAGAACUGCAAAUUAAAAAGCAGUUUCAGGACACCUGUAAGAUCCAGACGCGGCAAUACAAGGCCCUUCGCAACCACCUCUUGGAGACCACCCCAAAGAGCGAGCACAAGGGGAUCCUCAAGCGUCUGAAGGAUGAGCAGACCCGCAAGCUGGCCAUCUUAGCCGAGCAGUACGACCACAGCAUCAAUGAAAUGCUCUCCACCCAGGCCCUGCGUUUGGAUGAAACUCAAGAGGCAGAAUACCAAGUCCUAAGGAUGCAGCUGCAGCAGGAGCUUGAGCUGCUGAACGCUUAUCAGAGCAAAAUCAAGAUCCACACCGAGGCCCAGCAUGAACGUGAGAUCAAGGAGCUGGAGCAGCGGGUGUCUAUCCGCAGGGCCCUCCUAGAGCAAAGAAUCGAGGAGGAGAUGUUGGCCUUGCAGAAUGAACGCUCCGAUCGCAUCCGCAGCCUCUUGGAGCGCCAGGCCCGGGAGAUAGAGGCCUUCGACUCUGAAAGUAUGCGUCUGGGAUUCAGCAAUAUGGCACUCACAGGCAUUCCAGCUGAAGCCUUCAACCAAGGCUACACGGCCCCUCCCCAACCCUGGCCCUCCCGCCCGGUUCCCCGCAGCGGCUCCCAUUGGAGCCACGGAGUUCAGAAUACAGCUGGUGCGCCUCACGCAUGGAGGCAGCCUCCCAUGCUUGCCCCGCCCCCUUCCGCCUGGCUUCAUCCCCCUUCCUCAUCCCCCUCCUCCUCUUCCUCUUCCUCCUCGGCUCCUAGUGGCCGCUCCAAUGUGGUCAUGCUGAGGAACAGCCCCCAACCCCUGCGGCGCACAGCUUCUGGCGGCCAGUCGGACCAGGGCAUCAGCCGCUCUGCCAGCGUCACUUCUCACAUCCUCAACGGGUCACAUUUUUCCUACUCGUGA